GUUUGCAAAUGAGCCCCUCCAAUUCAUCAUUUUUCUAAUUCCCUCCCCAAAAGAAUAAUCAAAUCACUGUUUCUUCCAUUUUCCAUGUCGACUUUUCUGUAACCCCGACCUCCUUCUUCUGCUUCUUCUUCUUCUUCUUCUUCUCCUCCUCCUCAGCCUCUCUAAACCCCUCACAACUAAUCUCACCCCAGGUUGCACCAAUACUCCCUACACCCGAAUGGCCCGUCGAGCCCUUCCGAUCUUCAAACAACUCACUUGCCGUUCCUCACCGACGUCCUUCGCUGUAAAACCGGACCCGAACACCCGAUUCGUCACGUACAUGCCUCGGCCCGGGGACGGAGCUCCACGCCCCGUGACCCUAAUCCCUGGAGACGGAAUCGGGCCGCUGGUGACCAACGCGGUGGAGCAAGUGAUGGAGGCGAUGCACGCGCCGGUUUACUUCGAGCGGUACGAUGUCCAUGGCGAUAUGCAGCGGGUCCCGCCGGAGGUCCUGGAUUCGAUCCGGAAGAACAAGGUGUGCCUGAAGGGAGGGCUGAGGACUCCGGUGGGCGGUGGUGUGAACUCGCUCAACGUGCAGCUGAGGAAGGAGCUCGACUUGUACGCUUCGCUGGUCAAUUGUUUCAACCUUCCCGGUUUGCCCACGCGCCAUGAGAACGUGGAUAUCGUGGUGAUCAGGGAGAACACUGAGGGAGAGUAUUCGGGACUCGAGCACGAGGUCGUUCCCGGCGUCGUUGAGAGCCUUAAGGUGAUUACAAAGUUCUGCUCAGAGCGUAUAGCAAAAUAUGCCUUUGAGUAUGCCUACCUUAAUAACAGGAAAAAGGUUACGGCUGUGCACAAAGCCAACAUUAUGAAACUUGCAGAUGGUUUGUUUUUAGAAUCUUGCCGGGAGGUUGCAACAAAAUAUCCCAGUAUCAAGUACAACGAGAUUAUUGUAGACAAUUGUUGCAUGCAACUUGUAUCGAAGCCUGAGCAAUUUGACGUCAUGGUGACUCCUAACCUUUAUGGCAAUCUAGUUGCAAAUACAGCAGCCGGUAUUGCUGGAGGAACUGGUGUCAUGCCAGGAGGUAAUGUGGGAGCUGAUCAUGCUGUGUUUGAGCAAGGUGCUUCUGCAGGAAAUGUGGGAAACGAAAAGAUAACAGAUCAAAAGAAGGCAAAUCCUGUGGCUUUACUCCUCUCUUCAGCCAUGAUGCUACGGCAUCUCCAGUUUCCUUCAUUUGCUGAUCGACUUGAAACAGCGGUAAAACGUGUGAUCUCCGAGGGCAAACACCGGACAAAGGAUCUUGGUGGUGGCAGCACUACCCAAGAGGUUGUUGAUGCUGUGAUUGCUAAUCUCGACUGAUCGACUGGGAAAUUGUCCAUUGUUUUUAUCUUGGCUAUGGCUUUCAGCUAUUCAUUUCAAGCACAACGGGGUUUCUUCUAUAUCAAUUUCAAAUGAUCAACUGCCUUGUCAGAAAGCCUAAUAUUUUUGCAUUUUUGGAAAUAAUCUUUUUGAUUUGAUCUUACUGUCAGUGUUGUAAUAAAAUUUCGGCGUAAGAAUCUAAUUUUUAGAAAAAAUUUAAUUGGAUGAAGGCGUUUGUUGUUUUUCUGCCAAAAGAAGAAGGUAGUCCUUUUCUGUCAAUUUCUUCCAUGUUUUGUAUGCAUCCUUUAAUUUUCAUUGAGCAAUACAAAUAAAUGGAAACUAAAAUGGUUGGCUCUUCUCA